UUUUGAACAGAUGAGGAUGAGCGCCGGGGAGCACACCGCGGUGUCAGUGCCGGAGAACUCGGGGGAAAAGCCGAGAGCGCUGACAGGCUGAGUGCGGAUCUGAUUAGCAUGUUAGCGCGGAGUUAGCGGGCUGCUAGCGCUGAGCUGAGGGAGCGGUUCGAGCCGCCAUGGUGUCCGCGAGCGCCGGCGGCGGCGUGUCGGAGUCGCUGCAGUGGCUGUGUCUGCUCACGCUGUUCGCCGCCUCCGUGGUGACGUUACUCAUGUAUUUAGUGCAGUAUUUCGGUGUUUUCCGGAGCGCAAGCCGGGCCGCGGGGGAGCAGCAGCGGGGGGAGGCGGAGCGGCUGCUGGAGCUGAGGGGCUGGAGGGGCGCGUGGAGGAGAGCCUGGGUCCGAGCCCUGAACCAGAACCAGCACCAGAACCACUGCACUGCACAGGGAGCGAUUCAGCUGGUGUUUGAGGAGGAUGGUGUUCAGUCGUCAGAGCUCAGCGUGCAUCACAUCUCCAGCUUCAGAACAUCACCUGGACGUAAAGUUAGGCCUGUCACGAUAACAAAUUUUGCUGGACGAUAAAUUGUCCAAGAAAUUAUCGCGAUAAACGAUAAUAUUGUUGAUCUGAGACCAUUUUCAUCUACAAUAAUGAUAAUGGCAUAAUAAUGCACAUACGCCUUUCAAAAUUCAAAAACGUUCAUUUUUAGACUAUUUAACACUGAAAAUGGAAAACAUUUUAA